AGGGUGCAGUGAGGUGUUACCAUGUCCCUGAUCCCCCCUCCUCUCUCCGGCAGUGGUGUAUCUCUGCGGGCCGCCGGAGAUGCUGCGGCAGAUCAUGCAGCUGGCGCAGCAGGAAAACCUCACCAACGGCGACUAUGUCUUCUUCUACUUGGAUGUCUUUGGGGAGAGCCUGCGGGGCGACUCUGCCCGUGAUCCCUUCAAGCCCUGGCAGCAGAGUCCGGGCCAGGAUUCGGGGCUGCGCGAGGCUUUCCAGAUGGUGCUGGUGAUUACCUACUAUGAGCCCCAAAACCCUGAGUACCAGCAUUUCCAAACCCAGCUCAUCCUGCGAGCUAAGCAGAAAUUUGGGGUGCAGCUCAAUUACUCUCUGAUGAACCUGGUGGCGGGGUGUUUCUAUGAUGGGAUGCUGCUGUACGCCAUGGUGCUGAAUGAGACCCUGCGUGAGGGAGGCUCCAAGAAAAAUGCCACCCACAUCAUCGAGAAGAUGCGGGACCGCAAGUUCCAGGGGGUGACAGGGCUUGUGAGCAUGGACAGCAACAAUGACCGGGACACUGACUUUAACCUGUGGGCCAUGAGCGACCCCAAGACUGGGAAGUACGAGGUGGUGGGACACUACUCGGGUGUGGAGAAGCAAAUUCACUGGCUGGGACGACCUAUCCCUUGGGUGAAAGGGGCUCCCCCCUUGGACAACCCUCCCUGUGUCUUUGAUGUGGAUGACCCCUCUUGCGAUAAAACCCCCCUCUCGAUGCUGGCCAUCGUGGCUUUGGGCACUGGCCUCACCUUUGUCAUGUUUGGCAUCUCCAGCUUCCUCAUCUUCAGGAAGCUGAUGCUGGAGAAGGAGCUUGCCAGCAUGCUCUGGAGGAUCCGCUGGGAUGAGCUGCAGUUUGGAAGUCCCGAGCGGUAUCACAAGGCAGCAGGCAGCCGGCUCACCUUGUCCCUGCGUGGCUCCAGCUAUGGCUCCCUGAUGACCACCCACGGCAAGUACCAGAUCUUCGCCAACACUGGCCACUUCAAGGGCAACGUGGUGGCCAUUAAACACAUCAAUAAGAAGCGCAUUGAGUUGACGCGGCAGGUGCUCUUUGAGCUAAAACACAUGCGCGACAUCCAGUUCAACCACCUGACUCGCUUCAUUGGGGCGUGCAUCGACCCUCCUAACAUCUGCAUCAUAACCGAGUACUGCCCACGGGGCAGCCUGCAGGAUGUCCUGGAGAACGAGAGCAUCAACCUGGACUGGAUGUUUCGCUACUCCCUCAUCAAUGACAUUGUCAAGGGAAUGGCCUUCCUGCACAACAGCAUCAUCGGCCACCAUGGCAGCCUCAAGUCAUCCAACUGUGUGGUGGACAGUCGCUUCGUGCUGAAGAUCACUGACUAUGGACUGGCCAGCUUCCGCUCACCCAGCGACAAUGAGGACACCCAUGCGCUCUAUGCCAAGAAGCUGUGGACAGCUCCAGAGCUGCUGCAGAAGGGGCACCUGCCCACCCCGGGCAUGCAGAAGGCUGAUGUCUACAGCUUCGGCAUCAUCGUGCAGGAAGUUGCUCUGCGGAACGGCCCCUUCUACAUUGAGGGCAUGGACCUGAGCCCCAAAGAGAUUGUGCAGAAGGUGCGUAACAGCCAGAAGCCGUUCUUCCGCCCCUCCAUCGACAUCGGGGUGCACAGCGAGGAGCUGGCCGUGCUGAUGGAGCGCUGCUGGGCGCAGGAGCCGGCCGAGCGCCCUGACUUCAGCCAAAUCAAGAUCUUCAUCCGUAGAUUCAACAAGGAGGGAAGCACCAGCAUCCUGGACAACCUGCUGUCACGCAUGGAGCAGUACGCCAACAACCUGGAGAAGCUGGUGGAAGAGCGGACGCAGGCCUACCUGGAGGAGAAGCGCAAGGCGGAGAACCUGCUCUACCAGAUUCUGCCCCACUCCGUGGCAGAGCAGCUGAAGCGUGGGGAGACAGUACGGGCUGAGGCUUUUGACAGCGUCACCAUCUACUUCAGUGACAUUGUGGGCUUCACCGCCCUCUCGGCAGAGAGUACUCCCAUGCAGGUCGUGAUGCUGCUGAAUGAUCUCUACACUUGCUUCGAUGCCAUCAUUGAUAACUUUGAUGUCUACAAGGUGGAGACCAUUGGGGAUGCCUACAUGGUGGUCUCGGGGCUGCCGGUGCGCAAUGGGAAGCUGCACGCCCGUGAGAUCGUCCGCAUGGCCCUGGCCCUGCUCGAGGCUGUCAAAACCUUCAAGAUCCGUCACCGUCCUAACGACCAGCUCCACCUGCGCAUCGGCAUCCACACCGGUCCUGUGUGCGCUGGAGUGGUGGGUCUGAAGAUGCCGCGGUACUGCCUCUUUGGGGACACGGUGAACACUGCAUCCCGCAUGGAAUCCAAUGGCCAGGCCCUAAAGAUCCAUGUCUCAUCCACCACCAAGGAAGUUCUGGAUGAGUUUGGCUGCUUUGAUCUGGAGCUGCGUGGGGAUGUGGAGAUGAAGGGCAAAGGGAAGAUGCGGACAUACUGGCUGCUGGGCGAGAGGAAAGACCCCAAAGUUGUCUGAGCCCAGUGGCAGUGGCAGAGCUCCCAGCCUCAGUGGGGCUGCCAAUGCCUCCCGGUGCCUCGACCCCAAGGAUGCACUGGCACUCCCCCCUCACUGCAUCCACCACCACCUCUGCAGCCCCCCUGCUUCAGCAGGGCCUGGGCAAGGUGGGGCAGCGGCCAUGUCACCGUCUGCCCCCCUCCCUCAGCACCAGCAAAGCCCACCUUCCCCCACAGCCCCUGCUGGAGGGGGGGAACUGGCCCAGAUCCAACCCUCAUGUCCCCCCCACCCUUUGGGUUCCUGCCACCCCUGCCCUUUCCCCUGUGGCUCAGCUGGCUCUGAGCUGGUCCGGGGCCUGGCUGCCCCGUAGGGCACUUUGCCGUCUCUUUUCAGUACCUGGCCCCUAGCAGAAGUUGUGCCUAUGUCACCCUGUCCCUGGGGUGGGGGGAAAUGGGGAUUCCUGCCAAGACUGACUCCUUGGCCAGGUCAGGCUUCAAUGCCGCAGCUCCCCCCCUCCCCAGUCUCCUCUUCUCCUGUAUAUAACCCCAGUGGGUCAUGUAAAUACCACCCCCCUCUUCCCCAGGUGUAAAUAUAGGACUCGCUGCAACUAUUUUGUUGAAAUACAAAUUUCCCCAAAUCC